AUGGACCCUCUCAGGACUUUACUGGCUCUGCUCCUGGCUCUGGGGACAGCCUCUGCAGCCUCGCUAGGCGUGGUGCAGACAGAAGGGGGCAGUGUGCAGGGGCAGAACAUUCCUACAGGCUUGUUCCGCUCUGUGGAGGUGUUCAAAGGGAUCCCUUUCGCCGCCAAACCAGAACUCUUCGAGAAACCCCACCCUCACCCUGGCUGGAGCGGGAUCCUCAAAGCCACUAAGUUUGCUCCCAGGUGUCUGCAGAUCAGCCUGCUGCAGACCAACACGUUUGGAAGUGAAGACUGUCUCUACCUCAACAUCUGGGUCCCUCAUGGCAGAAAAGUCUCGUCUGACCUGCCUGUGAUGAUCUGGUUCUAUGGAGGGGGCUUCAUGUUGGGGGGCUCCAUGGGGCCUAACUUCCUCAACAACUACCUGUACAGCGGACAAGAGAUUGCAAACAGGGGGAACGUCAUUGUGGUCAGUGCAGCCUACAGGGUGGGCGUCCUGGGCUUCCUUAGCACUGGGGACUCUUCCAUACCUGGAAACUACGGGCUGUGGGACCAGCAGGCUGCCAUUGCCUGGGUUCACAGGAACAUCCACUCAUUUGGAGGAGACCCCAACAACAUCACCCUCUUUGGAGAGUCUGCAGGUGGCGCUAGUGUCAACUUCCAGAUCCUGUCGCCCCACACCAGGGGGCUGGUCCGCAGGGCCAUCUCCCAGAGCGGCGUGGCCUUAUGCCCCUGGGCCUUCAAGACCAAUCCCCGGGACGUGGCUGUGCAGGUGGCAGAGAAGGUGGGCUGUCCCACUGACCACACUAUGGCUGCCUGUCUGAAGACCAUAGAUGCAGGAAAUCUGACCAUGGCUGCGCCCACCAUCAAACAAGGCAACCCCGACCACCCUGGAGUGAUGAACCUUCUCCUGACCCCUGUGGUGGACGGAGACUUUCUGCCGGACCACCCGUCCAAACUGUUCCACAACGCGGCCGAGGUGGACUAUCUGCUGGGGGUCAACAACAUGGACGGACACAUGUUCACCUCCCAGGACAUCCCCUCCCUGGGCAACAAGAACAAGGACACCUCCAUUGAAGACCUCCAAAGGCUUCUGAGGGCCUACACACGAGAGAAGGGCCCAGCUGCUCUGGACCUGGCCUUUGCUGAAUACACCUCAGAGUGGGGCCCCUCGCCCAGCCGUGACACAAUCAAAAAGACGGCAGUGGACAUCGGGACGGACUACAUUUUCCUAGUGCCCAUCCAAACUGCUGUGUACCUGCACGCCACCACUGCAACGUCUGGUCACACCUUCUCCUACCUCCUGUCUGAGCCCAGUCUGAUGGCGGGCCCGGGGAAGCCCUACCACGACUGGGUAGGCUCGGACCACGCGGACGACCUGCAGUUUGUGUUCGGGAAGCCCUUCACCACCCCGAAGGCCUACGCCGACAGACACCGCGCCCUGUCCUCCUACUUCAUAGCCUACUGGACCAACUUCGCCAGGACUGGAGACCCUAACAUGGGCUCCUUGGCGGUGCCUGUCAGCUGGCCUCAGAUGGACAUGUCCUCGCAGCAGUAUCUGGACAUCACUUCGGACAUGAACGACAACUCCACCUCACAGAAGAUGAGGCUGCGCUUCGUCCAGCUUUGGACCGAAACCAUCCCCAGUCUACCGUAGACCCGCCCAUAGCCCCACUCACCGCUCUUUCCAUAAACUCUCCAUGAAGACAUUAUUG